AUGGAGCCCGUCAGCCCUCUGGCCAGCUCCAGCUCCAGCUCCAAGCUCGACUCAGCCUCCACGCCAGCCCAGUCUCGUUCGCCCAUCGUGCUUUCCGAAGCCUGGAAGCAGCUCCAUCUCAGCUCGCCGUCCUUCUCCUCCCACACCCCUGGCUCGUCAUCCUCUGCAUCCGCUCUCCAGCUCGGAUCACACUCGCACUCGAAGCACGAAGUCAACGACGACGAUGCCGACUCUUCCGAUGACGGAUUCCUCUCGGACCACAGCGAAGAGCUUCAUCCCGAGACUGGCUUCGAUCCCUUCCUCACCGCCACGCGCCGAGCUAGGCAGCAUUCUACUUCCUCCAACCUGACGCCUCAGCCAGCAGCAUCGACCAUCUCUCCGACCGCCGGCGUUUCCGCAUCUGACUCUUCACCUGCAUCUUCCAACGAGGUGGUAGCAACAAGCGAGGCGCUGCGCAAGCAACACCGCGACGACGACGACGAGGCUAAGCAGCAAGCUUACCGGUGGUCUCGCAUCGCAAAAUACUGGAGCAAAGUGGUCGACGAAGUCAUCUUUCAGCCCAAACAGGGUUCGAAGCAAGGCAUGAUUGAUCUCAGCGACAGAAACAUCACCGACAUUCUCCCCACCAUCGCCGACCUCUCGCGCUUCGUCGCCCUCCCACCUCCUCGAUACGACCGCGACGACUCGCCAGAGCGAGCUUCUCCCGAACCUCAAAGCUUGCUUCAGUCCAAGACCGGUGGUCUCGUCCGCCACGAAUCCUACCUCGCCCCUUUUAGCGCCCAUAUCCACAACGACUCGGCAUCGUCGAGGACCAACAAUGUUUCAACCAAGCGCACCUUGUCGCGCAGCCAGUCAGCCUUCCAGCCCAGUCUCAGCCGUGCUCAGUCCUUCGCACGCACUCAGAGCGCCAUGAGCACACUCAGCUCCCGUUCCGCAGGCUCCUACCGCGAUCACCGCGACCGCCAGGCCACGCUCAGCAUUUUCCUCGGCUCCAACGCUCUCACCCGUCUACCCAGCGCCCUCUUCCAGCUCCAGAACCUGCGCGUCCUCUCGCUGCGUUCCAACAAGCUGAAGUUCUUGCCACCUGCCAUCGGCGACUUGCACAAUCUCUCCGAGCUUCACAUCGCCCAUAACGAGCUCCAAUAUCUUCCUGCUGAGAUUCUUCGUCUCAAGCUCGACGUCUUCACCUGGUUCCCAAAUCCGUAUUUUGUCAAGCCACCCAAGACGGGCGUGCUCACGGUCCGACCUCUUCUGUGCCAUCGUGCAGCACGCAUUCGCCAGCAACACUCGCUCAACAAGCUCGCAGAGCUCAACGACAUUGACGAGACCGACGAUGCAUCGUCCAUGACACCUGUCCGGGCCGAGCACAAUUCCGUCGGGGACGAUGACGCUUUCAUCCCCAUGUCCCAGCAGCCCCCACCUCUCAUUCGUGCCCCUGCACCCAGUUCGGCUCGAGACCAGAGGCAAUUCGACCGCACUCGUUCGGAAAUGCAAGUGGAAGGCUUCCUAGCCAGAGGCAUUGACCAGCUCCGAGGCGGCAGCUAUGCUUCCAUCAGCGAGCAGGACCAUGAAGCUGAUGGCAGCAGCGACGAUGCCAAUACGACUGCUGACGAAACCGACGCAGGCGACAACACCGUCAAUGCCGAGGCUGCGCCGUCAGAGUCCGAACCCACCACGGAAGAUGAGCAAGAGCGUCAACGUCAGCGCAUCCUCGAAGCCGCUUUUGACGAAGACACCGCCAACCUGUUUGACCUGACCCCGUCCACAGAGCAAGACGCUUCCUCCCGAGGCAAAGUGGCCGGCCGGUCUCGUGUGCUCGGAAGCAAGACCGUCUCGGGUCUGCCGAGCUUGCGAGAGCUCUGCAUUCGUAAACUGCUGAGUCCGUACGAUGUAUCUGAAGCCGAGGCGCAGGGCAUCGCAUCGCCAUUCCUGUCUCCCAUUGUGCAGACUUCGGGCGGCCCUCUGCGUCGACGAAGCAGCAACGCCAGUCGGAGCAGUUCGCGCAACGGAACUCCACUCUUUGAAGCGCAGCUACGAAAUCGCACUGCGUCGUUUGGCUCCAACGCAUCGCGAACUAGAAGCUUCAGCUCAAACGGUGGGCCCGAAGACAGCAAAUUUGGCAAGAGGGUGCCGACGUUGCUCGAGGCAUACGAGAAUGGUACGCUGCAGAGCUUGGUGGGAGAGCUGGGCCAUGGUCUCAUACCGUUGCUGGAAGCGGCCCGUCGCAGUGCCACGCAGGACUGGGGCACAAGAGCCAGGAUGCGCAGCAACUCGACCGUCGCUGCCAAAAGGAAUGGUUGGGCGCGCACGCAAUCUGCAGUCGACGCAUUUCCCGCCAGUGAAGCCAAUGCCAACGCCAAUGCUGCACAAGUGUCACGAGGCAAAGUGCCAGCGUCGCACGACGAGCAAGACGAUUCGUACGACGUGUUUGGUGGCGUAGAGGUGCCCGGAUCGUUGGACCGCGGCGAUGAUGCCUGCACAAACCCAUGGUUCUCGCGAUGCCCUAAUCCAAAGCAUUGCGAAGAGGGCUCGCGAGAGUCGCAGUCGUCUCAGGGUGUCAAGCGCACGGGUGAUAUUGCGCUGCACCGGGGUAAGCGUGGCUUUGGAUCCACCAGCAGCGUCUCGAGUCUCGGCACCACGUUGGGAGGCGGCGCCAAGGCCGAGACAGGAUCGAUCGACAUGGAGAGGGUGCCCUCGACGGCCGCAAGCUCGGAUAGCGGUGCAGCACCCGCGUCACCCUUGUCCUCUUCAGCGUCGUCUUCCGUCGGCACGGUUGCCGGAUUUGGUUCAUUGUCUACCUCUUCGAUGCCGUCGCGACCUGAAUCACAGAUUAGUGGCAGCGGCAGCAGCAGUAUGCCGUUUUCGGGUCAGCAGGUGAGGUUUGCACCACACUCUCAGAGGAGCUUCACGUCGUCAGGUCUGAGCGGCCGUACAUGGCCGUCUUCGCGGCCGGCGAUGGGAGCGGAUCGUGUAGGCUUGACAAGGCCGGCGAGCACGCAGUUUGUGCGUGGCUUCUCGAGCUCGUCUGCACUUUCUGCUUCAGGACUGCAUCGCAGCACGUCUUCCGGACCGGGCUGGGGAGAAGAGGCAGCGGAACGGGACUGGCCUUUGAGCGAACAAGAGCAUCGACAGGCGCCCGUGUUCAGCGACGCGGGCGAGACGCGUCUCGAGUGGAUCUCGCACAUUGGGGGUAUCCGUGUAGCCAAGUUGGGAGAAGCGCAGGUGGAGCUCGAGGAGGAUCUCAAUUCAUCGUCUGCCUCAGCAGCUGUUGCUGCUGAAGCUGCUGAAGGGGGAGCCGCGUCGUCACAGCAUCCGAGUCUGCUCGGAGCCAUGGGCGGAUUCGAGAACAAGGAUCUGCUUCCGAUUCUGUGGAGAGGAUGCAGUCGCGGCUGUCUGGAUUUCCUUGUGUAG